GGCUCCAUCACAACCAAGAUGGCGGCCUGAGUCGUGGUUUCCCCAAGUUCCGUGGUGAGUCCAGCUUUGGAGCCCCGCGUCCCGGUCCCUGGUGCCGGCCACGGCCCCGGUCCCCCGGGCCAGCCCCGAUUUGGAUCAGAACAUCCUCUACAACUGCAAUGCUGUUAAGUUUGGUGGAGGUGUGAUGGCCGGACAAGCCGACGGCGCGCCCCGACCAGGAGACCAGUCGCAUUGACCCUCCGUCUGCUGGAGCACCUGGACGUCUAUGGACACAGACAUGUGUUCCGAGACGCGUGGAGCUGCCUGAACCGGAGAGGUGACGGCGCAGCAGGGACCCGGGGGUGCUGUGGAGCCCCAUCCCUCUUCCUAUCGGUCAGCUGAGAGACUGGGAGCAGAGCGGCGAGGAUGUGGGCCAUGGUGACCUGAUGUAAAUGGCUGUUCACCAGCACGGCUCAGUGACAGUACCUGCUGCUCGCUCUCCCUCUCCCGCCUUCUCCUCCCUCCCACCCACGUCUCCGCGGCCCCGCCUCCCGCCCGCGGCAUCAUGGCGGGGGCCGGCUCCGGCGUCUGGAAGCUGCUGCGGGGCGUCCGGCAGCUGGAGCUGCACCGCCUCAUCCUGGCACUCAUCGUCUUCUGCUUGGUGUCCAUGGCCUUCCUCGCCUACUACGUCUCCAACAGCCCCAAAAUCAAGGAGCCCCCGCCUCUACCUCUGAGUGACUGUGGCGGGGGUGGGGGGGCGCCGGUGGGACUGAGCACCGGGGCCGACGGCGGGGGGCCGGGGGGCCACAGGGCCCCUCUUUUCCAUCCCCUGUAUCAGGGAAGAGCUCGCCAGGUGAAGGCGGUGGACAACUCCCGGACGGAGCCGGUGGUGCUGGUGUUCGUGGAGAGCAUCUACUCCCAGCUGGGGCAGGAGAUCAUCGCCAUCCUGGAGUCCAGCCGCUUCCGCUACCGCACGGAGAUCGCUCCCGGCAAGGGCGACAUGCCCACGCUGACGGAGAACAACCGCGGCCGCUACGCGCUCAUCAUCUACGAGAACGUGCUGAAGUACGUCAACCUGGACGUGUGGAACCGGGACUUGCUGGACAAGUACUGCGCCGAGUACGGAGUGGGCGUCAUCGGCUUCUUCAAGGCCAACGAGAACUCUCUCCUCAGCGCCCAGCUCAAAGGCUUCCCCCUGUUCCUCCACUCGCACCUGGGCCUCAGGGACUACCGCAUCAACCCCAACGCCCCCCUGCUCUACAUCACCAAGCCCAACCAGGUGGAGCAGGGCCUGCUGCCGGGGGACGAUUGGACCGUCUUCCAGUCCAACCACUCUACGUACGAGCCGGUGCUCCUGGCCAGCACCAAGUCCUCGGAGGCCCUGCUGCAGUUCGGACCCAGCCCCCUGCGGGCCCUCCACGCCACCGUGGUCCAGGACCUGGGACUACACGAUGGAAUUCAAAGAGUUCUCUUUGGAAAUAAUCUGAACUUUUGGCUUCAUAAGCUGAUAUUUGUGGACGCCAUCGCCUACCUGACCGGGAAGAGGCUGUGUCUGUCCCUGGACCGGCACAUCCUGGUGGACGUGGACGACAUCUUUGUUGGGAAGGAGGGGACCCGCAUGAAGGUGUCCGACGUGGAGGCAUUGCUUAACACUCAAAAUAAGCUGCGAGGACUGGUUCCUAACUUCACCUUCAACUUGGGGUUUUCAGGAAAGUUCUACCACACAGGGACGGACGAGGAGGACCAGGGAGACGACAUGCUGCUGCAGCACCGCAUGGACUUCUGGUGGUUCCCCCACAUGUGGAGCCACAUGCAGCCUCACCUCUUCCACAACGUCAGCGUCCUGGCCGAGCAGAUGAGGCUCAACAAGAUCUUUGCUCAGGAGCACGGCAUCCCCACAGACAUGGGCUACGCGGUGGCUCCGCACCACUCCGGCGUCUACCCCGUCCACAGCCAGCUGUACGAGGCGUGGAAGUCUGUGUGGGGCAUCAAGGUGACCAGCACCGAGGAAUACCCCCACCUGCGGCCGGCGCGCUACCGCCGCGGCUUCAUCCACAACGGCAUCCAGGUGUUGCCCAGACAGACUUGUGGUCUGUUCACCCACACCAUCUUCUACAACGAAUACCCCGGAGGCUCUAAGGAGCUGGACCGGAGCAUCAGAGGAGGAGAACUCUUCCUCACCGUUCUCCUGAACCCCAUAAGCAUCUUCAUGACUCACUUGUCCAACUACGGCAACGACCGUCUGGGUCUGUACACCUUUGAGUCCUUGGUGAAGUUUGUCCAGUGCUGGACCAACCUCCAGCUGCAGACCCUUCCUCCUGUCCAGCUGGCUGAGAAAUACUUCCAGACCUUCCCCGAGGAGAGACACCCGCUCUGGCAGAACCCUUGUCAUGACAAGAGGCACAAAGACAUCUGGUCUAAAGAGAAGACGUGUGACCGACUGCCCAGGUUCCUCAUCAUCGGUCCACAGAAAACAGGUACCACAGCACUUCACUCAUUCCUGAGCCUCCACCCGGCCGUCACCAGCUCCUUCCCCAGCCCCACCACCUUCGAGGAGAUCCAGUUCUUCAGUGGACCCAACUACGAGAAUGGGAUCGACUGGUACAUGGACUUCUUCCCGUUCCCUUCCAACGUCAGCACAGACUUCAUGUUUGAAAAGAGUGCCAACUACUUUGAUACGGAAGUGGCUCCCAAAAGAGCGGCCGCCCUGCUCCCCCGAGCCCGGAUCCUGGCCGUGCUCAUCAACCCGGCCGACAGGGCGUACUCCUGGUACCAGCACCAGCGAGCCCACCAGGACCCGGCAGCCCUCAACAACAGCUUCCAGGCGGUGGUGACGGCGGGCCCCUCCGCCCCCCGGGGCGUGCUCACCCUGCAGAAGCGCUGCCUGCACCCGGGGGUGUACGCCACCCACCUGGAGCGCUGGCUGCAGUUCUACCAGCCCGGCCAGCUGCACAUGGUGGACGGAGCCAUGCUGCGCCUCAACCCCACGCUGGUGAUGGAGGGGAUCCAGAAAUUCCUGGGCGUCACCCCCAUCUUCAACUACACCCAGGCGCUAAUGUACGACGAGAGCAAAGGCUUCUGGUGUCAGCGGCUGGACGGAGGCCGGGCCAGGUGUCUGGGGAAGAGCAAAGGCAGGAAGUACCCCGAGAUGACUUCUGAGUCCCGUGCCUUCCUGACAGAUUUCUACCACGACCACAACAUGGAGCUGCUGCGGCUGCUCAACCGGCUGGGCCAGCCGCUGCCGUCCUGGCUGCGUCAGGAGCUGCAGAGCAGCAGCUGGAUCUGAGGGCCCGGGCCCCCGUUGGCCCCCACCCUGGAAGCAGCAGCAGCAGCAGCUGGAUCUGAGGGCCCGGGCCCCCGUGGCCCCCACACACUGAGAGGGCUGCGCUGCCUCAGCUCAUCAACGCAACGCUCCGUUUUCAUGGACAAAACUGUAAAACAUGAAAACUGUCUUCACGUGUUGGUUCCUGUCAGAUUCCCGCGGACUCUCUUCUCCUGAUCUGUGUCACCCGCCGGCGAGCGUCGGGCAGCCUUCAGCCCCGGCCCGUGUGGGGCGAGCCCGCCCUCGCCCUGGCCCUGGCCCGCCGGGGCCCGGGUGCCUGACAGGUCUGGAGCCCGAGCAGCGGAAGGACGUUGCAUGUACGUCGGGACGCGGGGCCGACUCACAGACACUCAUCGCUCCUGGAAACGAUUGUAAAGGUUUGGGGAGGAUGAUGGGGAGAGACGGCCCGGAGGAGCAGAGGAGCCCGGCCCCCGCUCUACUUUUCACUAUUAAAGUUGUUCUUGAACGUGAGAUGGAUGUGGUUUUCUGUG